AUGCCCGAGGAAGGAGUUGCACAGCUGAGACCGCCGCUUGCGGCGGAUUUCUGCAGCGAGAGCUUGCUUGACAAGGUCGCGCUAGCGCUGUUCCGGGUUCUCGUCCAGAAAGAGAUCGGGUACAAGUCGGAGGAGCCUGGCUAUGCCGGCCUCAUCGACGAAGCCCAAAACUACAUGGUGAUACAGGGCGCCUCAGUGGAAGAUCAGCAAGACAUGGCCGUUCGAGUUCUGACCACUAUCGCCGGCCCCGCUGUUCCCCCUGUGUACAAGCUGUUCAUGGCACCAUGGCCGUGGGCACCUUUCCUGACCGCGUUUUUCACACCUCCCUUUUUCAAGUUUCUCGUCGGUCCGAACAAGCUUGACGCGCGAAAGGAUGACACCCCCGGCGGUGUGUUCGUGGAAAGGUGUCGAUUUUUGGAGGAGACCAAUUGCAAGGGGUUGUGCACAAACAUGUGCAAGAUCCCGACCGAACGUUUUUUCGAGGAGACGCUGGGCCUGACGAUGGCGAUGGAGCCAGACUUCGACACGUACGAGUGCCGCCUGAGCUUCGGCCUCGAGUCGCCCGCGAUGGAAGAGGACGACACAGUUCCUCGUGGCUGCCUAUCUGGCUGCAGCUGCAAGGAGCUCGGGGCCGUGGUGGCUACCACGUGUUCGAAACAGUAGACAGAUUCCAAGUUCUCGGUAUGUAUUCGAUCCCCUCACGAGAUUGCUGCCUUUCUCAUAGCCGUAUCUGCGAACACAACAAUCAGUUU